AUGACUGCCGACAUCCUCCACGUUUCCAAAGCGCUUUACCGCCGCGUGCUUUCCUUCCGCAAGUACAGGGCCCUCUCCAAAAACCUCGAUUCCAGGUUCCCAGACGCAACAGCAGAAGAGCUGGAAGCAGCAGACACCUGCAUUAUCUGUCAGCAGCAGCAGCAGCAGCAGCAGCAGCAGCAGCAGCAGCAGCAGCAGUGGAGUAGCACCAGUAGCAGCAGCAGUAGCAGCAGGAGCAGCAAGAGCAGCAGGAGCUGCGGUAGCAGUAGCAGCAGCAGUAGAGUGACAACAUUAGCAGCAGCAGCAGCAGCAGUAGCAGCAGCAGUAGAGGCCUGGCUGGUGCAGCAGCAGUCCUGCCCCACUUGCCGAGCUGACAUUCCUGUGGAGCCGCCGAGAGCAGCAGCAGCAAGAGAGCAGCAGCAGCAGCAGCAGCAGCAGCAGCAGGACCCAGCAGGUGGCGCAGCGCCUGCAGCAGCAGCUGCAGGGGCCGCAGCGCCAGCAGCAGCUGCUGCUGCUGCAGCAGACGGAAGCCUGCCCGCGCAGCAGCGGGGCAGCAGCAGCAGCAGCAGCAGCAGCAGCAGCAGCAGCAGCGGGGGCCGCCCCAACACUGGAGUCAGCCGCAGCAGCAGCACAAAUCUCUUUGGGGCUUUUUCUCUUUUCUCUGAGCAAGCUCUGGGUGCGCGGCGCAGGCCUGCUGCUGCUGCUGCUGCUGCUGCAGCAGACCUCAGCUCCAGCAGCAGCAGCAGCAGCAGCAGCAGCAAGCAGCAAGCCCCAGCAGCCUGGCCAGACAGCCCAGACCAACGAGAGCAGCAGACGGAGGGGCUGCUGGCAGCACUAAGGGCUUCUCUGCAAUUCUGUGAGGCGUAUCGGCUGCAGUCGGCUUUGUGGAUUGUGGAGGCGCAAAUAAUGCAGCUGCAGCAGGGGAGGCUUGCUGCUGACGCUGCAGCAGCAGCAGCUGCUGCUGCUGCUGCUGCUCCGCAGCUCAUGGUGCAGCAGCAGGAGCAACAGCAGCAGCAGCAGCAGCAGCAGCAGCAGCAGCAGGAUGCGGUGAGCGCCGCAGCGCACGAGCAGGGAGCUCCCGGCUUGACAGUGCAGCAGCUGCACCAGCAGCAGCUGUUGCUGCAGCAGCAGCACCAGCAGCUGCUGCAGCAGCAGCUGUGGAGCCAGCAGCUGCUGCAGCAGCAGCUGCUGCAGCAAGCAGCUCUUGUGGGGGCCCUUCCCGGGGUCCCUUCUAUGCCUCCUCUUCCUAGUUGGUUUGGAGCUGCAAUUCCUGCUGCUGCUGCAGCAGGUGCUGCUGCUGCUGCUGCACCUGGUGCUGCUGCUGCUGUACCACCUGCUGCUGCUGCUGUCGCUUCGUGGCAGGCCUUGGGAGUUGGCCCUGCUGCAGCCGCUGCUGCGUUUCCAGCAGCAGCAGCAGCAGCAGCAGCAGCAGCACCCCCGCAGGAGGGGUCUCUUUCCCCAACUGCGGCGUUGCAGCAGCAGCAGCAGCAGCAACAGGAGCAGCAACUGCAGCAGCAAAAGCAGUUGCAACAGCAGCAGCAGCAGCAGCAGCAGCAGCAGCAAGAAGACGCUGAGCUGCAGCGGCUAAGAGCAGAGCAGCAGCGGCGGUGCCACAAUGCAGCAGCAGCAGCAGCAGCAGCAGCAGCAGCGGCAGCAGCAGCAGCAGCAGCAGCAGCGUUGGCUCUGGGUCGCCGCGAGCUGGAGCUGCGAGGAGUGUAA